CGCUGGAGCGUCAGUUGAAGCUUACUCUCUGCGGCGUUGAGAGCUCUGCUUAGUCCAUACGCGUCAAGGGAAGCGAUCGGUUUUGUUAAGCUUUUUCGGUGGAAUAUUCGGACGUGCGCGCGUGCGAUUUAUUUGAUUCGUAACUUUGCAUCGUUCAACAAUAAUAAAUGCAAUCGGACAAAAACAGACCACCAGAAGUAAUAUACGUGCAGAAGUGCAGUGUUUGCAUUUGACCGGAUUCGAUAAACCGACAGCAGGUCGUCGUGUGUGCGCGAGGUGCAUGGGUUACCAAAAGUUCAGUGUGCUUGCGCGAUUGUAAUUCGCGCGCGACAAAAACGCUAAACUCAUCAAACCGGUGCGCUCCGGUGGGGUGUGAAUUGCUGAUUCCUGCGAGGAGCGAAUUGUCGACUGAAGUGCAGUUUGAUGUGUUUUACUAUUGUCGUCUGCCUCGUAUAUGAGACGGUCCGUGCGCUGCGUUGUCCAGAUGUGGACUAAUUUUAAAAUCUUUGGGCCCGUCGUCGUCUACGCCGUAGUGGAAAGAUAUUUUUGAAUAAUCUCACCAGGAGAGAUUCACGUCGUCAUAGGCAAGCGUUGUUGGAUAUCGGUAUCGACGAGUGGACGAAGAACGAAGCAAAGAGAGCGAUAACGGAGGCAUGGGUGUGAUGCAAUGGUGAUAAGAGAUGAUAAGGUGAUAACGAAGUACAAACGGAAGUUUUGAAAUCGAAGGUGCUCUGAAGCAGUGGAAAAGUGUAACAAUCAUACAAAGUAUACAUAAAUCGGUGAAGUGCCCAACAAGCUGUUUACUUUAGCGAAGACCAACGGAAAUCGAUCGGGAGACGAAUUUCGCUGUGUUUACAGAAAAUAAAAAGUCAUAAGCGAUUCGGCUAACCCAAACAAACCGGUCAUCAGUUAUCGAGUGUUCGUCCGUUGUUGUGUGUUAACUCGCCCAGCCGGAGCAGCAUAAGUGCCAACAUUCAUUGUUAAUGCGGCUAUCUUGAUAGUGCUCCGCGCAGUAGUUGUGGUUUCCAAACAAGAAUAAGAGGCAAUUUGUUAGCCUCGUCAAGAGAAAAAAAAUCGAGCAUAUCGAAUGUGCGCGGAGUGAUUCGAAUUCAUGUGCGAAGCCGAACGGCGACAGUGAAAAGUUGUUUGAGAUUUCGAUUUUUUUUGGUAGUCGUUGCUGUUGAGUACAAGCCGUUUCGUUUGUUUUCGAUUGUUGUAGGUGAGCAACAACGUGGUGGAGAGCGGCUGCUCCUCAUCGAUCCUCGUUUGCUGGAUGUUCUGAACUGGACAGGAGAACACCCCGGACCAGAAAGGACGGAGGACGUGACUAAAUUUUAAAACAAACAAAACAUUCGUUCCGAUCCGACUGACGAGGAUCAGAAGAAGAAUUGGCGCGCUGGAAUGGAAACUGACCGUUUCUUUGCUUCUCGUUGGUGCAUUUGAAUGGGUUGUACGUGCCUGAGAGGAUCGAGGAAUAUUACUGGAACCGGCGACGCGUUUCAGCAGUAAAUUGGAAGAAACUAUCCCACGAUUCUAAAGACCAGCUGCGCCGUUCAAAACCCCCCAUAAUACACUCCUACAAAAUCAGCUUCCCAUCCAGUCCCGCCCAGUGACUACAAGUGUUCGCCAGUUCUCACAUUACCGAUCGGUAUCAGCUCGAACCCCAGAGGAGUGGACUUGUUCCAGCACUUCAUAAGCUACGGCGGAGUCGCCAUCCCGUCUAAAGUUAUACCCAAACGCCAAACCCCACCGCGAAUGUAAAGUAAUGUAAUGAGAACCCAUAAAGAGCUAAUUAUUAUUAAAUCAUCGCCGUUUUGACCAGGCAACGGGCAGCUCCCUCUCGUAGGCAGCCGUCGUUCACCGGUUAGUGAAGGGAACCAUCUCGACGACGACGAACUCGGGCGGGAAAUCGUGAUCCCAGAAAACCCGGCUGGGCUUGCAAGUUGCAACUUCGAAGUGCGGGAAAUUAAUGUGAUAAAUGUAACGGUGCUAUUUUUCUCGAAGUUACGACGUCGACGACGACGACGAAAGGUUUCGAAGAAUAGAAGAAUCUAAUAGAGUGCGGAGAGCUCGAGCCUGAGCUCGAGUGCGGCAUUUGGCUGGGCCUGUGAGUUAUGGUUGCAAAUUAUCAAUAAUAAAUAAAUUGAGGUGUAAUAAAGCAAUAAUAGGGAGUGUGGCAUCGUGUGCAAGGAAUCCAGGGUGAUUGGGAGACCGGAGUGCGGAGGUCGGUAAAAGGCAGUCGUCGACAGUUGAACCGUUUGGUCAGCAAAUUUAGUGUUUAGAGUUGUUGUUGUAUUGUGGUGGAGAAUCAAAACAUGCAUUGCUGCUAGCCGGCGUGGUUCCAGCGCAGAACAUCAGCUAACAGAGCAUUCUUUGCAACACGAUGGGAUUUGUCACAAUAAGAAUGUCACCUACAAGAAACCGCCCGACCCGCCCCAGUAGGGCACUGACCUCUUCCACCGUUCCGUUCGUGAUAGCGACAAUUCUCACAUUGCUCGCACCCCUGAUCCGGACCGAAAACGACUUCAGAUACAUUUCUUAUCAAGAUCUGCUGCCAACGUCCGACCGCUUCACGGAUGCCAACGUUACGUCAUUUUCCCGGCUGCUGUUCGAUGUGGCGCGCGAUCAAGUCAUCGUCGGUGCAAGAGACAACCUGUACCGCCUAUCGUUGCACCUGGACGUGCGGGAAAAGAUGCCCUGGGAGGUAACGCCGGCGAUGCGCAACACCUGUCUGGACAAGGGCCAAAGCGAGGAAGCCUGCCGGAACCACAUCAUGGUGCUGCAGAGCUUCGGCAACCGGGUGUACGUCUGUGGAACGUACGCCUUCAGUCCGUACUGUUCUUGGCGGCAGAUGGAAAACCUUACGGUUACGCGGUUCGACAAGGGCGUGGCCAAGUGCCCCUUCAGCCCUUUUGCGAACAAUACGGCACACAUGUCCGACAAUGGGAAACUGUACGUGGGUACUACGACGGACUUUUCUGGAUCCGAUCCGGCCAUUCUGAGGGCGGACGUUACGCAAGAGGGCAGUCGAAUGCUGCGGACCAACCAGUACAACUCCAAGUGGUUGAACGAUCCGCAGUUUGUCGGCAGUUUCGAGCAUGGAGAGUUUGUGUACUUCGUGUUCAGGGAAGCAGCGGUGGAGUAUAUCAACUGCGGUAAAAUCGUCUACUCGCGGAUAGCCAGGAUCUGCAAGAACGAUCCGGGUGGCACUCAGAUAUUGAAGGACAACUGGACGUCUUUCGUGAAGGCCAGACUGAAUUGCUCCCUGCCGGGAGACUAUCCGUUCUACUUCAACGAAGUGCAAGGCAUGGUGUAUUCACAGGAAGAAGGCGUUCUGUAUGCGACGUUCACGACUCCAGAAAACAGCAUCCAUGGAUCGGCAAUCUGCGCCUUCAACAUGUCCGCCAUCCACACUGCAUUCUCCGGAGCAUUCAAAUACCAAGAUUCUCUGGGUUCCGCGUGGCAUCGUCAAGAUGCUCAGCAUCGUGAUCACUUCGAAUGCCAUGCAGGACCAACCGCACGCCAUGUAUCGUUAAUGGACUCGUCCAAAUAUCAGCUGAUGGAUCAAGCCGUUCAACCGAUCAUCGGUCAGCCUCUUCACUACACCAAACUGGAACGGUUCAAUCACAUCGCGAUCGAUGUCAUUCCAACCAAGCUCCACGAGCGAGUUCACGUGAUCUACGUAGCAACGGACGCAGGUCUCAUCAAGAAGAUUUCCGUUCUACCACGCACGAAAACGACGUGCGUUGUUGAGAUUUGGCGACCCGAAACAAGCAGCGAAUCGAAGAUCCGAACCAUUCAGUACGUGAAGGAAACGGACUCUCUGUAUGUGGGCACGGACACGGCCUUAAGCCGAAUAUCCUCGCACCACUGCAAUCGUCACCUGUCCAGACUGAGCUGCCUGAACUCGAUGGACCCCUACUGUGGGUGGAACGAGCUCCAGGAAGCUUGUACGAUCGCACCUAACGGAGACACGUUGGCCAAAUACUGGAUACAAAAUGCUACGGAGUGUCCGGUCCUAACUGCUCCCGUUGACGGCGGGUGGUCCGCUUGGUCCGACUGGAAUAAAUGUGCACAAUCGAAUGGACAAGCUAACCCGGUUAAUGCCAACGAAGACAUUGCUGCCAACGCAGAUUCUUGCCUCUGCAGGACACGGACGUGCGACAAUCCCUCGCCUAAGAAUGGAGGCCGAUCGUGCACGGGGAUGAGCAUAGCUGUUACCAACUGUACGGUUCACGGCGGUUGGACUGACUGGUCGGCGUGGUCGGCAUGCUCGCAAACCUGCGGAAUGGCGGUCAAGACCAGACGGAGGACUUGCGGUAACCCCAAGCCCGCUCAUGGCGGUCGGGUUUGUGUAGGCCCAGACCGUGCAGAGAUCUACUGUUCCCAUCUGCCGCCGUGCCCGGCUCCGAAACAACCACCGAUCGAUGGAGGUUGGGGUCCGUGGGGAGUCUGGGGAGAGUGCAGCGCGCCUUGUGGUGGAGGAUACCGCAUUAGGAGAAGGAAGUGUGACGAUCCGACACCACAGAACGGCGGCAUGGAGUGCCCGGGAUGUCAUUUGGAUUACGAGGUCUGCAACACCCAUCAGUGUCCGGAUGUGAAGCGAACGGGAGCGUGGACACCGUGGCUGACGGUGUCCAACGGUACCCUACCGAAUGGAGGCUACGUGGAGAAGCGAUUCAGGUACACGUGCAAAGCUCCGAUUGCGGACGCGUCACUGUUGAAGAUCAGCCCGAAGGAGGAAACGAGGGUUUGCCACGCGGAUGGAUCUUGUCAGCGAUCCAGUGACGGCGCCGGUUACGGUGCCAGCGAAAACGAAGACGGUUGGGGUGAGUGGAGCUCGUGGAAUAGUUGUAGCACUUCCUGCGGCGGUGGCCAACAGUUCCGGACGAGAUCGUGUGAGAAAGGCGGGGAGUGUGACGGAAUCAACAAAAUGGCACGGGCUUGCAACACGCAGCCCUGUAAAGGUGAAUGGGGUUGCUGGAGCGACUGGUCUCCGUGUUCGGUAUCCUGUGGACUUGGAACGAGAACCCGUUCGCGCCAGUGUCUAUCGAUGUCGGGCAACGUGAUCUUCGGAAAUGACUGCGAGGGCCAAAGUACCCAGUACGAUACCUGCGAGAUGCCCAGCUGUGAUUCAUUCCUCGGUUGGGGUGAGUGGAGCGAGUGGUCCGCUUGUAACAUGGACGACGAGAAGGUUCGAACCAGGAAGUGUCUCAUACAGACGCCGGAUCUAAAGAUGUGUCAGGGCAGCGAUCGCGAGACUCGCAAGUGCCAGGUGGAAAUAAGUAAUGAAAUUUCUCACGCCCUGACAGCAGGAACCUCUUCGGUAGCGGUGAUUGUGGUCAUAGUGGUGUUCGUCAUUAUCGCUUGUUGUGCUGCAACCGUUUUCAUCACCAUACACCUGAUGAAGAAGAAAACCAAAGGCAUCAAAGCGAUCCAGGGUUCACCAUGCUACGGAUCUUACCCGAAUCAGUACUCUUCGCUGCCGACAAAAGACUACACCGAGAGCCACAAGCCGAAGCGCCAAUCCUCGUUCAACGGCCGGAACGAUGCGAGCGGUUCGAAAAUCGCCAACGGUCACACCACGCUCACCAAAUCGAACAAUGUGAACGGAGCGGUCCUUGGCAACAACACCCCCAAGGUGUUGGCCAAGUCGUUCAACGAUCCGGACACGGCCACCAUCAAGCGGAACUCCCAUGGACUGAACAACAUCCGGCAUGCGCGCCAGCUGGAGCUAGAGGAGGAGAAGUACUGACUGACCGACACCGACGAUCGGUUGCGAUCGCAAGUGGAAGUCGAGAGUGAUACGACGACGGUGUGAUUCAGGCGGAUAAAGAAGUUUGGAAAAUACUUCAAAAUUUAGGACUUAUUUUCGGUGAACAGAUUGUCGGAAAUCAGAGGAGUUGAGAAGUCAAGUUUGUAGAUAAAAGUUCAAGAUGAGUGAUUUUAAUGUUCAUGGUUUUAUAAGAGAGAGGAUCAGCAGAAUGGUUCAUGAUGAUCUCAUCUCCAGGAAGAGUCAGUGGAAAAGAAACGAAAAAUAGCAAAAUUAUUUAAUGCCAGCAACGACCGAAGCAGAAGAGAUGUGUAUAACCGUUAACAGAGACUACGCGGACUUGUAUGCAACUCGUAUGCAACAGAGUUUGAAAUAUUCCGCCAUUAGAAGAACAGUUGAAUUGGAAACGAGCCCUCACUACUUUUGUACAAUCCGUGACAAGGGAGAUCAGAGUAACACGCAUCUCCUUAGGAAUUACUCGACUCCGAAUGAACCAGGACUAGUUCUGUGAGUCAUAGACAAGUAGAAGUUACACUCUUACAUGUUUUAAAAGCUUACAGAGCAUUACUUUGCACACAAUUUCCAACACAGCACUCUAUUUCAUUAUCAUAGAACAAAUCAAUUGGACGCAAGGCUGAUGAAAUUAGAUGGAUUCGCCACUUUUUCAAUAGUAUUUCAUAGUUGAACGGUUAGAGAGAAUAUUUUACGCAACCAGAAUUGUCAAUUCUAACAGAACAAAUCGAGAACAAUCGUAAACACACGCUUCAAAUCGCAAAAUAACGAACGAGGGGCUACAACAAAUAUUUAACCAAAUGAAAACGCGUUUUACUACUUACAGACAAACACACGCAAGUUAUGUUUAUACGCACGCAAUCCCACGAUAAUCCAGCGCAGGGUAGCACCUGCCUGCCUUUAGCUAACAAAAUCGGAUUAGGACAAGGAUUAGGACAUAUUUGAUAGUUAGGAGAAAACUGUUACAUUACACUCUGAUUAACAGUUGGUUCGUGCCAUUAGGGUAGGGAGAAUAAUGCAGAAAACGAUGGAACAAUUUGGAAGCGUUUAAUACAGUACGACUUACACAUACUUAAGAAGCAAUUCAAUCAUUUUUAAAACUUUCUCUAGAGACUAAGAACGGGAUUGAUAAAGUAAAAUCUGAUUUUACUUGUGAUAUACAUGGUAGCUCAAAUUGAGCAGAUUUCAAUUAUUAGUUUAGAAACAUAUAGUAUAGUAGUAAUAGGGCAAACUGAGUUCAAACAAAAGACUUGACCGAAAAAAGACAUUGAUAGCAAUUUUAUUGAGAACUAAAGACAGUUGAAUUUUUUAGUUAAGAAGCCAAUCAGAAAUAAAAAGUUUUGUUAAGUUGAA